AUGUGCUGGAGCAGGGAAGAGGUGCAGCAGCAGCAGCAGCAGCAGCAGCAGCAACAGCAGCAGCAGCAGCAAGAGCAGCAACAGCAGCAGCAGCAACAACAACAGCAGCAACAGCAGCAGCAAGAGCACCAACAACAGCAGCAACAGCAGCAGCAAGAGCAGCAACAGCAGCAGCAAGAGCAGCAACAGCAGCAGCAAGAGCAGCAACAGCAGCAGCAAGAGCAGCAGCAAGAGCAGCAGCAAGAGCAGCAACAGCAGCAGCAGCAAGAGCAGCAGCAGCAGUUACCUUAUCUUUUUUAUUAUUUUGUUGUUUAG